UAAUGAAAUUGUCUCUCUGUCGGAAUACUGGAAUGCCGAUCUCAAUAAUGUCCGCUUCAUUGACAUGAGUUGGAACAAUAUCUCCAACAUAGAGAAAAGACAGUCCAACUACAGCUAUUGGGGUGGGCCUACAGAUCUUGAUAUUCCGCUGACAUGUGGAAAUGAAUCAUCAAUGGAUGCAUUGCAUCUAAAGGCUGUCCCUUCACUGAAGUUCUUGGAUAUGUCCAGGAACCCGGUAGGAACUCUAUUACAUCGAGGCAUUUUUCAAGGUUUGGUAGAGUUACGCUACCUGAUACUUGCAUAUUGCAAUCUUAAAUAUAUUGAAGGGUCAUAUUUUACAGACCUCCUAUCCCUAAAGCACCUCAAUAUCUCCCACAACAACAUUGUUCGUCUAGAUUCUGAUGCCUUUAGUUCCAUUCCUUCGGUGGUAGCAAUUGAUGCAAAAUUCAACGCAAUGGAGUCUGUGGGCCCAUAUACAUUUGGCGGCAAAGACUUAUCCUUCGUUGAUCUUGGCGAAAAUGCUCUGCAAACACUUUCUCGUGAUGUGCUGCCAAAACGAUUCAGUGAAUUCAAACUGCGUCUUACCCAAAAUCCUUUGCUAUGUGACUGCAGGAUAACAUGGUUACAUAAGCUCAUUACAGAAGAACGCAUUCAAAGUGUUCCAAUGUCGUUUGUUGACAUCAUAGGAGUAAGAUGCGCAAACAUAAACGGUAGUCGACUGAGUUCCAUUCCGCUAAGCGACAUCCCUUGUGAUCCAUCGUUGAACCUUGACACGACCACGCCUCCUGCAAAUGAGAUCCCAAAGACGACAUCGCCCAAAAUUUUGACCAAGGGUAUUAUGUCUACAAAUGCACCGACUAUGUCAACGUUAGGUGACACGACCACGCCUCCUGCAAAUGAGAUCCCAAAGACGACAUCGCCCAAAAUCUUGACCAAUGGUAAUAUGUUUACAAAUGCACCGACUAUGUCAACGUUAGGUGACACGACCACGCCUCCUGCAAAUGAGAUCCCAAAGACGACAUCGCCCAAAAUCUUGACCAAGGGUAAUAUGUCUACAAAUGCACCGACUAUGUCAACGUUAGGUGAUGUAAACAGGGAAACAGGAGUGUCAUCAGCGUGCGGUCAAAACAAUGCCAUGCAAGACAAAGGAACUUCCCAAUUCUUCUCUUCUACCAACACUGUCUAUAUCACUGUUUGGCUGUUGUUGGCCGUAGUUGUCUUUUUAGCAGGAAAGCAACAGUGUGGACAGCAUUGCAGGAACAAAUUUAUUCGUGCGAGACCAGUCAUUUACCAGGAUAUCAACAGCGGUCUGGUUAUGAGACCUUCUCCCACAAGAUCCCCUUCUGUAGACUUUGACACCAAUCAUGUACAAACCAAUAGGAACCAUCCUCUGUCCGGACAUCGCAUACGUUUAGCAUCGCAGGACUUUAAACCUGCCCCUCCCCCACCGCCACCCCGGAGACGUGAAGAUUUGGGGCAAGCAAUCACUCAAACAUCCCCUCUAGAGGACCAUACUGAACAACGACUGAGGAACAAUCCUGUGCUUCAUAGCAAACGCGUUGUAAAGCACUCCUAUUUUUGCAACGGCCUUGGAAGUGUCCAGCACAGGGAUGGUUCAUUGACAGCUUUGACACAAGAUCUUGGAGAUGGGAACAACUGUAGUGAGGUUUUGGCCAAACCACGAGUCCCGCGUCACAUGCAUUUUCGGGACCAUGUCGCAACGGCUCCGGGUUGUCCACUUAAAACAAAAGUCCCAAGAAAUGAAUUUCAUUCUGCAGUCACGAAGGCAUUGAUUCGCGAGGAAGCCUCUGAUUUCAUAUGCGUCACGAGAGAAACAAAGGCAUCAAACUCAAACCUAACUGAGACCACUGAUGGUGGUGCUGAUCAAGAGGGCGCCCUAAUGAGACGACAGUAUUUCCUCGAUUCAAAUGGGAGCACCUGUGGAACGUCGAACAGCACUUCAUUGCGGGGUGACGACUUUGAGAGAGAUCGUGAAAGCCAUGAAAGCGGUGACGACGAUUAUGACGACACAUCUGGUGUAAUUAUAUAUCAUAUAAACCAGGAUGAGUUUGCAACUAGAACUACUGAUCCUGGUAUGCUAAUGAAGGAACUAGCUGUAUCUUCUUACUCGAGUGAAGACGACUUUGAUUGCGGUAUUCCAAACCCCGAAAUGGACUAUGAUGACAGCAUCGAAAUUGAGCUUGAAAGUGAGAAGUUAUCAAAUACUGUAUGUUCAUUUGGUUUGGCGGAUGACGAUAACCUAGUGUCAGAGUCAUUUAUCACUACCGAAGUCAUAUUCCAAGAAACUGCUGUGUAGGUCUUUGGUACAAGUAGUAGUGUAUUUACAGUAAUUUGUCCUCUUCACGGAUAGGGGUGAUGGCAAAACGUUAGAGCCAACAUGAAAUAUCGUUAUCAUUGAUUAUCAGCAAGAAUAAUGCUUCUCCAGGCUCUGAUGUGGGUGGAAUGAAAGCAUAGG